AUGGCCCUGCUCAAUCCCGUCUACGCCUUCAUAGUCCCCUUCCUCUUUCUUUUCACCGUGCCCCUCGCCAUCUUCGCAGGCAUCACAACGACUGUCGCCUUCACUGUCCUGCUCUUCCGCGUCGUCCUCGUAUAUCUCGACCUCGCCCUGACCCUACUCCCCUCCUACCUCAACCUUCGCCGUCUCCCCCACCAGCGGAUGGGCCACCAAGCCCUCCCCGCCGCCAAGACGCCCGCAACCCUUUCGAACUCGUCCUCCCGCUCCGUGUCGCCCGUCCUGACGACGACAUCUCGCACCCUCAGCUUCACCCGCACCCCGCACCGCCGACCUCGCUCCCGCCGCCCUUCGAUGUCCCAUGGCGCGACGACCCCAGAUGCGCCACCCACGACCCUCUCCCUCUUGCCGAGCACAGGUCUUGACCGAGACUUCGAGGGAAUAGGUGGCUGGCGGCUCGGGUCUUCCACAGACGAUGACCGCUGGACCAUGAUCAACUCGCGCCUCGAGCUGCCGGACCGCCAGCGACACCAUCACCGCAGCCCGAGCGGCGGGGGCGCCGACGGCGGAUUCCUCAUGAUGAAGGGCUCGCGUGGCCGCAACCGCAGCGGCAGCCCUGAGAUUUCGACCGUCGGCACGGCUGGGAACCGGGCUUCGCCUGCUUCGCCCAACAGCUCGAGAGUGCGCACGCCGGGGGCACCGGCCGCGCUGACGACUAUCGAGGACGGAGAGUACUUUCCUCGGACGAGAAAAUUGGCCGUCGCAUAA